GGUUAGCGGCUGCGGCCAACGUUCGGCGCCGCUCCGGGCCUGGACGAAGGUCGCUCGAAGCGGCGACCUUCGGGCCAGGCCCAGGGGGGCGGCGAGCGCCGGCCGCGCUCCUCCGCCGGGACCGGGAUCAGGAUGGCGCCGCGUUAACUGAGGGGCUCCGCCUAGGCCCGGCCGGCGGCACCCCGGGGCUCCGUGCCAAGUGCCGCCGGCGACAGCCGGUGCCCGGAGGCACUUUCCCCUUCCCGGGUCUUUCCUUCUUCCCUGGAGGCGGUUGGGGUUGACCUUCCCGGGGUAGGGGGGAUAUAAAUGAUAAAAUAAUACCCAAAUUAUGAAGCAAAGAGGAACUUCUCCACCGCUGCAGCUGUCACGGUGAUAUGUGGAGGUUGUAGGUUUGCACGUUCUCAGUGAAGAGUAGUGUUGCUUAAAGAGAUCUGUUGCGUCUCGCAUGACUGAAGUGCUUGAAGAUCCUCGUGAACAAGCAUAAAAAUCUCCAAAUUCGUACAGCAUUGCUUAAAGAAGGAAGAGUUUGGAGCCACUUCCAAUGGGUGGGCCAGACUUUGGCGCCUUGGGAGAGGAAGCUGAACUGGUUGAAGUUGAACCUGAGGCCAAGCAGGAAAUUCUUGAAAACAAAGAUGUGGUGGUUCAGCACGUGCACUUCGAUGGACUUGGAAGGACCAAAGACGAUAUCAUCAUGUAUGAAAUCUCUGAUGUUUUCAAGGCUAAAAAUCUCAUUGAUGUGAUGAGAAAAUCGCAUGAAGCUCGUGAAAAGUUGCUUCGUCUCGGAAUCUUCAGACAGGUGGAGGUUCUGAUUGAUACCUGUCAAGGGGAUGAUGCCCUUCCAAAUGGUUUAGAUGUAACCUUUGAGGUAACAGAAUUGAGAAGACUAACUGGAAGCUAUAAUACCAUGGUUGGCAACAAUGAAGGCAGUAUGGUACUUGGGCUCAAAUUUCCAAAUCUCUUUGGACGUGCAGAAAAGGUUACCUUCCAGUUCUCUUAUGGGACAAAAGAAACUUCAUAUGGCCUGUCAUUCUUCAAACCACAGCCUGGGAAAUUUGAAAGAAAUUUUUCAGUUAACCUGUAUAAAGUAACUGGACAGUUCCCUUGGAGCUCUCUUCGUGAAACUGAUAGAGGAAUAUCAACAGAAUUUAAUUUUCCAAUCUGGAAGACCAAUCACACACUGAAGUGGGAGGGCGUGUGGAGAGAGCUUGGCUGCCUUGCUAGAACAGCAUCCUUUUCUGUUCGAGAAGAAAGUGGACACUCUCUUAAAUCUUCUCUCUCUCAUGCUAUGGUAAUUGAUUCCCGGAACUCUUCAAUCUUGCCAAGAAGAGGUGCUUUGCUAAAAAUUAAUCAGGAGUUGGCUGGCUAUACAGGUGGAGACGUGAGCUUUCUAAAAGAGGAUUUUGAAUUACAGUUGAAUAAGCAGCUUAUCUGGGAUUCGGUUUUUUCAGCAUCACUUUGGGGUGGAAUGCUAGUACCCAUUGGAGACAAGCCAUCCAGUAUAGCUGAUAGGUUUUACCUUGGUGGACCAACAAGUGUGCGUGGAUUCAGUAUGUACAGCAUUGGACCCCAGAGUGAAGGUGAUUACCUGGGAGGAGAAGCCUACUGGGCUGGAGGCUUACAUCUGUACACCCCUCUUCCUUUCCGGCCAGGCCGGGGAGGGUUUGGAGACCUUUUCCGAACACAUUUCUUCCUUAAUGCUGGAAAUCUCUGCAAUCUUAACUAUGGUGAUGGUCCCAGAGCUCACCUGCAGAAACUGGCAGAGUAUAUCCGGUGGUCUUACGGUGCUGGAAUAGUGCUCAGACUUGGAAACAUUGCUAGAUUAGAACUUAACUACUGUUUCCCCAUGGGAGUACAGUCUGGCGACAGGAUAUGCGAUGGUGUUCAGUUUGGAGCAGGAAUCAGAUUUCUAUAAUGCAGAAACAUUUUACAUCAGUACAUGAAAUUGUGCUCUGUAAUUUAAAUCAAGUCUAUAAUAUAGCUUGGUAUGGUCUAACUUUUUUCUUGAAAUACAGAUACAGUUCUGAGUGAUUUACCUCUCAGACUCCACAAGAAACUACAUUAAAGAAUUAUGCUUAAAGGUUCA